UAAAAUGUUCCUGCUAUACAGACAGUAUAUAAUAUCUUACACAUCUUAAUAGCUAUACAUGGAGAGAGGGGGGAGAUUGGGGGGGAAAAAUCCAAAUGCCCCCUUACUUGAUGUGCAUCUGCAUUGACUGCCAAAUUUGUUUUCUUUCAAAACAUUUUUUUUUUCAGAUCUUGGGAACAGUCUGAAAGUACAAGUGAUUGCUGUUGUGUGGGAAAUAUGACUUCUUUAGGAGGAGCACUUUUUCAUGUGUUUCUCUAUGGGCUUCUCAGUGCACCAUCACACCAGUUCUUUGUCAGAAACUGCAACCUUACAUUGUUGCCCAACGACAUCAUGUGUCAUGUGUCGUGUUGUGACAUGGGCUUGGAAACGAUUCCAUUGCAGCUCCCCACUCACGUAAAGGAAUUGGAUAUUUCCCGUAAUCACAUCUCAAGGAUCAAGGUGACAGACAUCAGGAACGUCUCAAAUCUAAGAGCUCUUAAUGUCUCAUACAACAACAUUUUAAUUAUCGAUGAUGGCACUUUCCAAGAGCUUGUUCACCUGCAAGAACUGUACAUGACUGGAAAUCUGCUAAAACAUGUAACCAGAGGCUUUCUACAGGGACUAAGGAGCCUUACUGUGCUGCGAUUAGAUCACAAUAAAAUUGAGGAUAUUGACCCAUCAGCUUUUGAUGCACUCUCCAGUUUGACACAUGUGAAUCUGGCACAUAACUGGCUCACAGUCAUGGAGUCUGUGAAGAGCAUAUUACUCCUGCCAAAUCUAUUUGAGUUAAAAAUUGAAAACAAUAAUAUCACUGCUUUUGUGUCUCAUAACCUCUCAACUAAACCUCUGCAACUACGCAGACUUGAUUUCUUUUCGAACCCACUGAAGACAUUUCAGAUAACAAACAACAUCCUUCCAUACCUCAGUUAUCUGGAUAUCUCCUAUUGUGGUCAUAAUGGAUCUUUUCUAUGGAUUGUGGAGGAUCCAUCUUUUCUGGGCUCAGUGGAGACGCUCAAUGUUAGUGAACUACAAACAUCAGACGAUUUGACAGUAAAAAUCAUACAAACCUUCAAUUCAUCCCUAAAAACUCUCGAAAUCAGUAGCUUAACAACACCACAUUUUGAGGACUUUUUAGACAGAACCUGCAGUCGUAUACAUAGACUUUACUUAGUACAACUCAACAUCUCAGUACUUAGUGACCGAUUAUUCAAAUCGUGCCGUCAAUUACAAGAAAUACAAUUCAGAGACACCACAACAUCUGAAAUGUCCUCACUUGUGUUUGAGGGACUGAAUCAGCUCAAGACACUGAAAGUAAGAAAUACAAAAAUUUCUAAAUUCAAUAAUAUUACUCAUGUUCUGCCCACAGUUUCAUUGCUUGACUUUUCCAAUAACAAAAUAAAACAGGUCACAUGCUCUGAUUUCAGCAACCACACAGUUUUGACUAGGCUGUAUCUUUACAAAAAUCAUAUUGAAAAGAUCAGUAAAUGCACUUUCCGGUAUCUUCCAAACCUUGAGAUGCUAUUAUUGGGGUCCAAUAGACUGUUAACUGUGAGAAAUGUUUUUAAAGGACAUCUCCCAAACAUGAAGACUUUGGACUUGCACAACAAUAAGAUAUCUAAACUAUAUGAGGGUACUUUCAGUAAACUUAGUGCUCUUCAAUAUCUGCGCAUCUAUAAUAAUCAAAUACACAGCAUAUCAAAAAAUGCUUUUGAAGGAUUGCAAAAUUUAAAAGAACUGGUCCUUGCAGCAAACCACCUUAAACAAAACACAUUUAAUGAUCCAGGAAUUUUUAAAGGUAUGCACAACCUGGAAGUGCUAAAUUUGGAUGACAAUUACAUAGAGUUUGACACUACAAAACUUCAAAAUCCACCUUUUACAAUGUUAAAGUCCCUGAAAGUCCUGCUUGUUAAUAGUCAGAGGCAUGGGAUGAGUAACUUGCCUUCGAACCUGCUGGCUGGCCUGAACUCAUUGAUUUCAUUUCAUGGAAAAAAACUCAACAUUCAGUACGUCCAUCCAGACACCUUCACACACACUCCCAAUCUCCAAUACCUGGACUUGAGCAGGAACGUAUUCACGACAGAAACGUCUUUAUCUCCCGGGGUAUUUCAUCCCAUCCCUGCACUGUCAGAGCUCCAUUUAUCAAAAAAUGUACUUCCGUCAUUGACCUUUGUAAUUGAUGCGAACCUUUCUCACCUCCAAAAUCUUCAGGUAAUGAACAAUCAACUUCAGGGAAUCAACCAGACAAUAAUCCAGUCCCUUCCCAGUUUAGAGUAUAUUGACCUCCAAAACAACACAUUCAUUUGUGACUGUAGCAAUGAAUGGUUUCUUCACUGGGCCAAACAAUCAAGACAAACCCAGGUAAUAUUCUUCAAUAACUAUCACUGUAGCUAUCCGCCAGCCUUCAAAAACCAAUACCUGGAAGACCUGAACACAAACUCCUGCACCAUACAUAUUGAGUUCAUUUACUUUGCAGGAAGCUCCUCCCUGGUGAUUGCUACACUCAUGGUGACUUUCAUUUACAACUUCAUGCGAUUUCAGCUGGUAUAUGCAUACUACCUUUUCCUUGCUUAUCUCUAUGAUCGAAAGCGGCACCGGGGACAGAAGCAUCAUGGCUUCAUGUACGAUGCCUUCAUUUCCUACAACUCCCAGGAUGAACUUUGGGUGCUUAGGGAACUGCUGCCCAAUAUGGAGGCCGAACAAGGAUGGAAAAUGUGUCUGCACCAUCGGGACUUUGAGCCAGGCAAGCCCAUCAUAGACAACAUUGUAGACGGCAUCUACAACAGCCGAAAGACAAUCUGCGUGGUGACACGAAACUACUUGAGGAGCGAGUGGUGCUCCAGAGAGAUUCAGGUUGCCAGCUUCAGGCUGUUUGACGAGAACAAUGAUGUGCUCAUCCUAGUCUUCUUGGAAGACAUCCCAGCACAACAGCUAUCCCCAUAUCACAGAAUGCGGAAACUGGUGAAGAGGCAAACGUACCUCUGCUGGCCCAAACCAGGGGAGGAUAGGAGCAUCUUCUGGCAAAAACUACGAAUGGCUAUGAACACCAACAAAGAAGAAAAUCACAUUCUUUUAGGACAGGAAUAGACUUCUUUGGAUUUCACUUCAUCUUGAUCUGUGUAUGGUUAUACCAGUAAUGUGACAGGAAUGUGAUAAGAAUUUUGGGAUACAUGGGAGUGUAAUGCUGAAUUUUAAAAUCUUACAGAGCAUUCUUUAAUUGAGUUCAAAACUUAAACUUUGUGUCAAAAAAUCUAAAUAAUCUUAAACGUAAUUGAUCAAAAUAAUGUUACAUAAGGGAUUUAAUUAAAUUAGUUAAUCAUGUCUCAAUGAUGUUAUUGUCUCAAAUCCUAAUCAUUAACAUACAUGUUUUAAGCUUUAUAAUUUAAGAAAGUAAAACUAAAUAAAAAUAACAAGUAAUAAAAGGCAGUGCAAGUAUUCCUUUAAGAGCAUGCCUAUAUAUGCAACCACAUUCAUUUACGAUUUUUGUUUUCUACUUUUUUCCUUUAAAGAUGUGGGCUCGUUUUUCAAUUGAAUUGUACAGUUUAUAGUUAAUAUUAAAGUUGUAAAAAGGUGUGAAAUGAUUUGUCUUUCUGUCAUUUGUUUACUUCAUAAAACCCUGACAUUUGACCAGGGGUGUGCAGACUUUUUAUAGGCACUGUAUACAAGCACAGACACUAAUUACUUUGAAGUAAACACAGAAAAGACAGCAAAUUGAAUCACGUCAUUAAAAAUGUAAUAAGUCAUAUGUACUAGUGGUGGGGAUCUUCAAUGAUCUCACGAUUCAAUCCAAUUACGAUCCGGAGGGUAACGAUUCGAUUCGAUCCGAUCCGAUCCGAUUAAACGAUGCAUUGCGAUGCGCAGGGACGGAGCACAAGUUUGUGACGGGGUUAUGUCGAGGUCCUCUACCCAUACGCUAUGCUUGAUGUUACAAAAGUCUAGCCUAAUUGUCUGUUGUUGUUCACAACAUUCGCACCCCACCAGGGCUGAGCUAAAACAUUAAUAUUAUUGUAAUGUGCAAUUAAAGAAAAAGAAAGAGGCGACUGUGUGGGCGCAACCGCAGCCAACAGUAAUUCGUUUGUCAACCACCUUAUCCAAAUCGACCUCAAUGCCCUCCUCCCAUAGAUUACUAACACAUUCUAUACCUCCUCCAUAUCCAAGAUAACUGUCACGACCAAGACGCGCGGCCCCAUCCUUGUCCGAAACAGAUUCAUUUUUAAACUGCCAGCCUUCUCGUCGAUAGGCUAGAUGGUUCCGCUUAUCUUGGCUCUUUGGAAAUAUUCUUACCAUUACAAAGGCUAUUUUAAUAGUUUCCCCCAAACUACAUGAAUCAAAUCCCAGGAAAAGACCAACCAUUAUAAGUGACUCGUGGGGAGCUGUCCAUGCUGGUGGUGCUUAAUUUUUCCCGAUAUUUGCCCGUGGAGUAGUGAGUCUUUCAUGUCUGCCUACAUGACCUUGCGCGCCAGGGUCUGACCAUGGUGCUUUUUGCCCGUGGAGUAAGGAGACUGUCUUCUUGCAAAGCAAGAAGUCAUAGCACCCGAGAAAAAUGCCACUCUUGUUAAAAAUUACAUAGGUAUGCUUAGGCCUAUGUCCUAUUUUCAAUUUCAGUCCACUGUUCAGUAGGCCUAUUAGGCUGCAAUCAAAUUCAAUAGCCUAUGCUCAUCCACAUGCACGCGAAAAACAAUAACCCAAGCGGCGGGACUAAUUCGAUUAUAUUCCUUCCAAAAAUGUCCGAACGUCACAAAAAUCAGUUAUUUGCAUUGUCCGUAAUUAUACCAAACAAAAAGGUAUCAAUAGAAGAAAUCAAGUCUUCAGUUUCGAUAAUCCACGUUACAAAUCCUCAACAACAGCAAGCCAUUCCUUCUCUGCUAUGAGGCUGGCAACGGAACAAGUGCAGACAGUAGGCUAUAUGACCACGUUGAUGCUGCACGGCUUGAAAGGAUUCUGUCUAAAUUAAAUAUCUUGGAUAGCCUAUAUAGACCUAGGCCUAACUAGAUGUGUUGCAAUACAGAUUCAUUUUCUAUAGCCAGAAGUGUUCCGUUGGACUGACGAAACCGAACACGAUCAAGUUUGCAACUUCUUUCCCUCAUGCGCUGUCCGUCAGCACCACCUGUCAUUAGACGUCCGAUUAGCUUUCAUUACGUGCUGAGGGAAAAACCCUCGCCAUUAGGCCUAUGUGCUGUUGCACUGUUGUGAGGGAUAUCACCAAAUAAUUUAGAUAAAAGUCAGAACAUUAUUUUGGCAAUGAAAGGCACACAGGUGGCUGGAAGCUCAAGCAGUCUUCAGUCUGUUCAUUUAAGUUUGUUUGGUGCUCUUGGAUAUCGGGGAUCAGUUCAUGUAGAGAGAAGAGUUCAUCCAGGCACUCCAAAAUAAGGUGUCCAACCGGGAAGUUACAUUAAAAAGCCUUUAAUGGUACUGGGCUGGGGUUACAUUAAAAAGCCGACAAGUUUCGACCUCACCAGGUCUUCAUCAGGGCUACGUUCACCAUUGAAAAGAAAGGCCUCCCUUAAAUAGUGAAAUCACCACAUGUGACCCAUUACGCACUACACACAUUUGCGCACACCAGAGAAAACAAAGGUUAAAAAAUAGCCUGGGGUAAUAAGUGAUGCCACAGAAAAAAAAUGACCAGAAGUACAAAUAAGCAUCACAAAAAACAAGUAAAAUCAAUAUCCUCAUUUAGACCAGGAUAGCGCAUGGCAUCCAGUUGGUGUAUCCAAAAAGUCUCCCUCUGAUUAAGUCUUUUUAGCCUGUCCCCACCCCUCGGAAGAGGUUUGAUAUGUUCGACGCCCUGUAUGCGCAGCAGAGAAUCAUUUUUACCAUGGUAUUCAUUGAAAUGUUUCGCCAUGGGAUAGUCAAAAUUGCCCAUUCUGAUAGCAUAUUUAUGUUCUGCUAGCCUAUCUCGAAUGCGCCUUUUUGUGCGUCCGAUAUAAAAGAACCCUUCAGCGCAAGGACAAGUUAGGCGGUAUAUGACAAAUGUAGAAUUGCAAUUAAUGAAAUCUCUCUGUCCAAAUUCUUUCGUGGUUUUAGUAUCCACAAAAGAUUUGGCUUGUGUAACAUUUGGG